ACCGGAUGAAGAAGAAAUCAUUUUGGCGGAUACGUUUGGCUGAAGUCUCCCCAAACACUGGAAGAUAUGGCUGCUUCCAUUGACAGCCUACUGGAGGAAAUCGCUGGAGUUGAAGACCCAGUUGAAGAACUUCAGAGUUUAAAAACUGCUCUGUUAGCGAUUCCUGUCAGUGUCUUGAAGGACUCAAUUAGAGGACAGCGUUUAGAUGUCAUUUUCUCUCUGCUCAACUCCAGUGACAGGACGCAGGUGGAGCUAUGCGUAGACAUCCUUGAACGCAUCUUAAUGGCCAUGAGCCCUGUGCAUGUGGUCCAGAACUACAGAGCGGAGCUGCAGGGGGGGUUGACUCACCCAAAUGACACUGUUAAGAUACUGGCCUUGGCACAGAUUGGGAGAGUGGUGGAGGACCCUGAUGCUGUUACUGAAAUCCUCAACAACCACAACGUCCUCCGAGCAGCAAUCCGCUGCAUCGGAGAGGAGAAGAUAGCUGUGGCAAAGCAGGCGAUUCAGUCCUUGUCUAAGCUCAGUCAUUCCAAGCCUGGAUUAGACAAAUUAUUCCAGACUGACCUGCUGCAAGUCAUGAAGGAUGUGAUGGCCACAAGUGACAUUAUUAGAUACAGAAUAUAUGAGCUGGUGGUGGAGAUCUCAUCUGUAUCUCCCAUUUCUCUCGGUUACUGUGCCAACAGCGGCCUCAUUUCUCAGCUGCUCAGCGAAUUAACAGGAGACGACGUAUUGGUCAGGGUCACAGCUGUAGAGAUGGUUACAACUCUUGCACACAGUCAGCAUGGUCGGCAGUAUUUGGCCCAGCAAGGUAUCAUGGAUAAGAUCUCAAACAUGAUCAGAGGAGCCGAGACUGACCCCUUCUCUUCCCUCUACCUUCCAGGUUUGGUGAAGUUCUUUGGGAACUUGGCCAUCAUGGACAGUCCACAGCAGGUUUGUGAAACCUAUCCAGCUUUUCAGAACAAAGUGUUUGAGAUGGCGCUUGAUCCGGACCCUGUGAUGAUCGGCGUGGCUCUGGACACUUUGGGAUUACUGGGAUCUAAUGUGGAGGGGAAGCAGGUCCUGCAGAAAACAGGAGAAAAGUUCAAGGCUGUGUUGUCAAAAAUGAGCCAGCUUGCCAGUUCUGGACCUACAGAGCUCAGAGUUCGAAGCUUGGACGCGAUAUCACAACUUCUCUCCCUACAGCCAGAGCAGCAGACAGAAGACCUUUUGGCCCUGACAGAGUCAUGGUUCCACCUUUUGUCCAGCCAGCCCAUGGACAUGAUUCGCAACAUCAGCACUCAGCCCUUUCCAGAGCUGCACUGUGGAGCACUGCGGAUAUUCACUGCCAUUGCCACUCAGCCAUGGGGCCAGAAGCUGAUGAUUAACACUCCUGGAUUCAUGGAGUUCGUUUUGGAUCGUUCAACGGGCCAGACGAAGGAGGCCAAAGAUGCCAAGUUUGAACUGAUUGGGGCACUUGCAGGUUCAUCAACAGCAGCUGAGAUCCUGGGCAGUCAGCACUACAUCCGCGUGAAGUCUUACCUCAGAGAAGGACCUUACUAUGUUUCAGCUGUGGCCGCAGUCAGCACCGAGGGAGCGGACUGAGUCAAAUUAACAAUAAACCAAUUCAAAUGCACUUCAUGGGCUUCUAGUUGAUGCUUAAGUAAUGGAUAAGUGGCUGAGUGAUCUGCCUGUGGAUUAAUAUAACAUGCUCUGCAAACCCUACAGCAUCUGGAUAAAAAAUUACCAUGUAAAGGCUGAUUAAAAGUUCUUAGAAACAAAUAAUUUAUCUUCAGUACUUGCACGGCUAGGUUGCAGCUGCACUACAUUCAAUAAUUAUCAGUUUUUUUGGCAGAACACUAAACUCCUGAUCCUUAUCUUCAGUCAUAUUCUGUUACUGCAGUUUGCAGUACAUAGAUCAUUGUUUAUAAAAUAACAAAAAGUUUCUCCAUGAACCAUAUCGGUAACCACUAAACAAAUAAACAUGUGUCACUUUGUUGCUA